UUACGCAAAUGAUGGGGGAGUGAACAUACUCGAGCACUCGGUAGUGCAGAGUGCGUGGGUUGCGGCUUAUCCGUGCACUUGCCCUCCGUUUGCGGAGCGUCGUCUUCGUCUUUGCUGUGGCGUCUUUCCAUCGCAGCGAGUGCGAGGAGGGGUGUGUAUCCUGUUUGGCGUGCGUAAUUGAGUUGCAUUCACAUCCCGUUGACAGUUUUAUGACAGAAUUCUCAGGGAAUCGCCCCACCCUCUGUUUCUGUAUCUGACUUCUGUAUUUGCCUCCGCCACUGCCCCUGCCUCCUUCUGUGGCGCUGCUGCUAAAGGACGUGCGUCUCUCGCUGUGCGGUGUGCCUCAUCAAUUGAACGAAGCUCCGACUGAAUUAUGUGACGUUCAGACCUUUAACCACAUAACGUUUGAUUAGGUUAAGUUGCGUCUCUCUAAUGAAGGAAUAAAUGGGAUGUGCAAUCGAUAAGAGACACUUAAGGAACGAGAAACAGGUAAUUAAAGGUUACGACAAAGUUCUUGCGAAAUAACGGGACGAUGUUUAGGCUUUGCGUCUAGACAGACUGGUCAGAACUCUCACCAUGGUUGGGAUUGCCUUCAUGUUAGAGCAUUUCUCGAUAUUCUUCUGAAUAUAGAUGCUCCAUAAUACUUUAAGUCAAAGGAUGCUUCCCAGAACAAAUAGUCGUACGAGUAAUAACCAUCCCAUUGAACACUCAGCGCUUGACCCAAAUCAGAACUCCCGAAACCCUCGACAAUGAUAUACUCGUAUGCUGUGCCCUUCAUUAAAAGGGCAUAAACAAAAGCGAAACAAAUUAUACGAGUAUGUACCAGUAUCCAUCCAUCCCCAUGUGCAUUCAAAUUGGAUUGCAACACAUCGACAGAUCCAGUUGAUGAUUGCGGAGUGGCGUGGCUCAAGUGAUUCAUGGCCGAAAGGCCGUAAAGCUCUACAGCUACCAACUGCAGCAGCAGCAAAGGCGGCAGCUGUUAAGUACCCUUUUGGAGUGUCAGAUAAAGACUCCAGACAGAGUCACAGACUCAGAUUCGGUCGGUCCCUAUGUCAAGGUUACCCACUGGACAAGCCCCACGCGCACUUAACCCACAAUUUGUGUUGUCUUGUCUUGUUGUUGUUGUUGUUGGGGCUUUUCGGGGCUCGACUUGAGUCGACAGUUACACGUACUCAAGAUAAGCAUCGCAUCGGGUCGUAAUGUGGAAAAUGAAUAGCCAGAAAAUUAUUUCUGUUUCCUCAAGAGUUGUGCUCGUAAAUCCCAAUUUUAUGGAGUGUUUGUGUCUUUUAUGGGUAUGGGUAUGGUUAUGGGUAGGGGUAUGUACUACAUAUUAAUUAUUCAAGAAAGAGCCGAACUUUUGCAGGACAACCGAAGACAGAGAGAAAGGUCUGGUGUCUAGGGAUCAAAAAUCCCAAAUUUUAUGGAGUGUUUGUGUCUUUUAUGGGUAUGGGUAUGGUUAUGGGUAGGGGUAUGUACUACAUAUUAAUUAUCCAAGAAAGAGCCGAACUUUUGCAGGACAACCGAAGACAGAGAGAAAGGUCUGGUGUCUAGGGAUCACUGAUCUGUACAGGUCGUGUUAUCUAUUCAAGUCUGUUCAAUUCGGUGAUUGGCUAUGGGCUAAGUAGGCCCGUUGUUAGACCUUCGGCUAAUAGAGCAUAUCAUUUGUCAUAUUUUUCGCUUGACAUUUUGGCACUAUUGACUCGUAUAUAAACGGGUGGUAGGCCUCAAUGGGCUAUGAGUUCUUACUGGAGUUUCGCAGUGGCAAAUUCAAACUAAGACUAGAUCCAAUACCCAAUCGCUUCAACAUGCAUCGAAUGCUGCUGUACACUUUGGUUAUCGUCGCCCUCGCCUUGGUCCAGGCCUGCCAUCAGAUCCAUUAUAAUCUGACAUUUCCUGCUGUGAAUCAAGUCUGUUCUGAGCUCAGCCUUGGCCAGAGUUUGACGAGGGAUCUGUCCACGAUGUCGAUGUCGUUGUCGGUGGCGGUGUCUCCUCUGGCGCCCAAUCUUUGCCGCCAUGGGAACCCCUUUACGCUGGGGCAUUAGUUAUUAACCAUUAGCCGUGUAUUGUUGUUUGCUUUUGUUAUUGCUUAAAUAAAUUGUUUUA